AUGAGUCAUGAAUCCAACGAACCCGGCUUCCGAGUUCAACAGAAAGGGCCGGCUGAGUCUGAACCAAGCCGAAAAGGGAGGUUCGGAAAUAUUCUGAAGGAAAACCCAAUAAAAGGGUUCAAUAGUGAGACUCUCACUCGCCCGCUGACUGGUCUGUUCCGCAAAACUGGAAAAUCCCCGAAGAGAGCGGACUAUGAUGAUGCGCAAGAGCCUACAGUAGCAGCUCCGCCAACGAACUUUCCUAAUAUGGCAAGAAUUUCUGCAACCAUUGAGAGUGUGCAGAUAAAUGACGAGUAUGGGAGUUUCCGCGAUCGUAAUCCAGAAACUGGGAGCAAACUGACUCUCAGCGACGGGGCUGUUUUCGGAAACGCAAUCCAUCCGCUGACACGCUAUUUCAAUCUUGAGGAUGUGGAUAUAUCAAUUCUUGGUCGCUCGUUUCCAACUGAAAAAAUGAGAGACGAAGAAGGAUCCUGGACAGCUCAGAGUCUCUUCAAUAAUCUCGAAUCUCGAAUCAAAAAAGAACGAAUCGAAUCCAAGGAUCACUCAACGGAGCCUCGUACUCGAAGUAACCGUGAUAACAUAUUUGCAAACCAGUAUUAA